GUGCGGUGAAUACGAGCUGACCGCGUUAUGCGCAGCAUUUGUAUACAAUCAAAGUACUAGGUUAGGUUCCUCUGUUAAUUGUCAACUGUCAAAUAUCAAUUCCGAUUUCCAAUGUCUCCUUCGUAAAAUGGUUGUUGCUCUUCCAACCGCAAUGGAAAUGGUUGAAGAAGUGACGCCUGACGACACGGAACUUGCAAAGGAAGUGCAAGUACGGUAUGAAUUUUACCUCGGUCAGCUGAAAGCUAUGCUUGCAGAUAUACCGAGGAAGUACCAGAAAAAGAUCUCAAUAGAAUUGUGCUCCAACCUCGCCCACUGUUUGACUAAUAGUAUUAAUUUUGAAAUUGUGAAAGGAUUAAUGGAUAUACAGCAUGUCACAGAAAAAUAUCUCAUUCAUUUAAGGCAGAAAGUUACAGAUAAGCAGCUGUCCGAAACAGCAAAAGCCUUAGAAGGUGUUCCUCCCUCUGAGCAUGAAAGUAUUCGUUCUUCUAUGGCUGGUAAGCAUCGCAAACAACUUAUUGAUGUCGAUAUGAAAUUAGUUAAACAACUAGAUCAAAAGGUUGCUGAACAGCAAGAAACUCUUGAAAAGGCAGGUUUUCCAGGUUUUUAUGUCACUAUGAGUAGCGCAGAGAUAAAAGUACAAAUUUUCUUAUUAGACUUCAUCCUACGACUUAGCAAAAUGGAAAUUCCUGAUUCUUGAUGAAUGGUAAUUUUUUUUAGGUUUCCUUAAACUUGCUCUAUCCAGUAAGAGGAAUUCAAACUGAAGUUUUACUUCAAUUUUAAUAUCUCUUCCUGGACAGAGCUGUUAUUUCCUUAAACUACAUGUAGUUGUACAUAGAUGAGAUGAAAAUCAUGUUUUAUUUUUGGUAUCCUAAUCAAUGUAAAUAGCGUACAUUUGUAAUAAAUUAUUCAUUAUAACAUU